AUGCCAUCAGGAACCUACUGGGUGAGUCUCACCCGGGACCAGCAGCGGCGGUUGCGAGCACUCAUCGCAGAGAAUGAGGAUCUGUUCAUAGCCAGAGAUGAGGACUGCUCGCGGACGACCCUAGUCCAGCACAACAUCGAUACCGGCAACGCUUGGCCCAUUCAGAUUCCGCCUUACUUCCUCAUUGGAGAAUUUCAGUCAGCACAAACAAUAAUCUUUGCUAUUGAAGAAAUAAACAACAGGACAGAUCUUCUUCCUGGCAUUUGUUUGGGAUAUAAGAUCUAUGACACAUGUGGUUCAAUACCUUUAGCUAUAAGAGCAGCUUUGGCUUUAAUGAAUGGAAAUGAGGAAACUCUUUCUAACACCUCCUGCUCCAGGCCAACUGCUGUUCAAGCUAUAAUAGGAGAAUCUGCCUCAACACCCACUAUUGCGAUGUCAGCAGGAGUUGGACCUUUUCGAAUCCCUGUGAUCAGUCACUUUGCUACCUGUGCAUGUCUGAGCAAUAGAAGAAGAUUCCCUUCAUUCUUCAGAACCAUCCCCAGUGACUAUUAUCAGAGCAGAGCCCUGGCUCAGCUUGUGAAGCACUUUGGAUGGACCUGGGUUGGGACCAUAAGAGUUGACAAUGAUUAUGGCCACAAUGGAAUGGCUACUUUUGUGGAAGCUGCAGAGAAGGAAGGAAUCUGUAUUGAAUAUUCAGAGGUGGUUCAUCAGUCUCAUUCCAGGGAAAGAAUUCUUAAGAAUGUAGAAGUGAUCAAAAAGAGCACUUCAAAGGUUAUUGUUGCCUUCUUAGAGCAAGGGGAUGUAAUUGUUUUGAUUAAAGAAUUAUCCCUUCAAAAUGUAACUGGUCUCCAGUGGAUUGGCAGUGAAGCCUGGAUCACUGCUAGUGAUGUUUCAACAGCAGAAGGUUAUGAAGUUCUGACUGGAUCUAUGGGAUUUGCUGUCACUAAAAACAAAAUUGAUGGAUUUAGAGAGUUUUUAUUGAAUGUGCACCCAUCAAAAUCUCCGGGCAAUGCUCUCUUAAAUGAAUUUUGGGAGACUGCAUUUAAUUGUACUCUGAAAAACAAUGACAAUGCCAAAAAACUGUGUACAGGGUUGGAAGAUUUAGGAGAAUUAAAAAAUGGAUAUGCAACAACGUCUGAGGCUAGAAUAUUCAAUAAUGUGUAUAAAGCAGUGUAUGCUGUUGCAUAUUCUCUUCAUAAUUUACUUCAAUGCAAGAAAGGUCCUUCUGCCAAUAGCUGUGAUAAUUCAAUUCAAAUUGAACCAUGGCAGGUACUUGAGCAACUGAAAAAAGUGAACUUCACAACUAAGACUGGAGAAAAUAUAUUUUUUGAUGGCAAUGGUGAUUCAACAGCAAGAUAUGACUUAGUGAACUGGCAGCUUGUUAAUGGGAGCACCAUUCAGUUCAUGACCAUCGGUUACUAUGAUGCUUCACUGCCAGCAGGUCAUCAGAUUGUCAUGAAUCAAGUUAAGAUGGUUUGGACAGGUGGGCAACUUGAGAAGCCUGAGUCAAUGUGCAGUGAGAGCUGUCUCCCUGGCACUCGAAAGGCUGUUCAGAGAGGAAGGCCUGUGUGUUGCUAUGAUUGCAUUCAGUGUGCUGAAGGAGAGAUCAGCAACACCACAGAUUCUAAUGAUUGCAUCCAAUGUCCUUUGGAUUAUUGGUCAAAUGAGAACCGAGAUGAAUGUGUAAUAAAAAUAAUAGAAUUCCUGUCUUUUGAAGAAAUCAUGGGAAUACUGCUCAUGAUAUUUUCUCUGGCUGGUGCUUUCUUAACCAUAUGCAUAGCUUUAGUCUUCCUCAAAUAUAAAGACAGUCCAAUUGUCAAAGCCAAUAACUCUGAAUUAAGUAGAGAUGGUUUUAUUGGCACCCCUGAUCGGGAAAACCGACCUCCUGGUCUUGUCCUUGAACAGAGAAUGGCGAUAUGCUUGGGCCUGAUCCAGACAGUAGUCUACACUCUGCAGAACUCUGCUGUAUGA